AUGCCGCCGAAGAAACGCUGUCGUCGUGCACUUUCCAAACCUGCAGCAAUGAUUCCCAAUUCAUCCGAUUCUGAAGAAGAUGACUUCUGUAUCAUCUGCAAGUGUGCAAUGCCGAAAAAGAUGAACAGGAACAACUCCAUUCAUUGCAAUGAAUGUGAUCGAGCUGUGCACCAGAAACAAAAUAUAAUUCCUGUCGUUGAAGCAAUAAUAGUUCUUGGACGACAAGAGUUGGCUUUGCGUGGACAUCGUGAAAGUGGAAAUAUUGUUAUUCAAAACGACUUUACUGGACCGAACGAAGGAAAUUUCAGAGCUUUAUUGAAGUAUAGAGCAAAGGGAGAUCCAAUUCUUCGUAGCCACCUAGAAGGUCCAGGAAAACGGGAUAAAUUUACGAGUCCGUCUAUACAGAAUGAAAUUAUCGACGCUUGUUAUGAAAUUUUGACCCAAAAGGCAAUAUCUAAAAUCAGAGCUGCAAAAUUUUACUCAAUUUUGACGGAUGAAACACAAGAUUUAACUACCAUCGAGCAGGUUACACUGUGCAUUCGAUAUUUGAGCGAGAAAAACGAAGGCCAUCGUAUUGUGUGUGAAGAUUUUUUGAGGUUUAUCCCAACAGAUACCACUACAGGUGCUGCUCUUGCCGAGCUAGUGAUAGAAAAUCUUCGAAAUUCUGAAUUGGAUAUUUCUUUCUUGAUAGGCCAAGGAUUCGAUGAGGCAAGUAAUAUGUCCGGUCAAUAUAAAGGUGUUCAGGCAAUUUUACGUAAUAAUUAUGCGCCUCAUGCUUUAUACGUCCAUUGUGCCGCACAUUCUUUGAAUCUUGCUAUAUCCAUCACUAGCAACGUACCAGCCAUCACAGAUUGCCUCGGUACCCUUGAAAAUGUCUACAAUUUCUUGCAUACACCUAAAAGAAAACCCAUUUUGGAAAACACGAUUGAAGAAUCUGAUGAAACUCCACGAACGAAAUCUUUAAAAAGAUUGAACCUGAUUCGAUGGGUUUCGAAUUAUGAGGCCGUCAACGAUUCUCAUGAAGUAGCGUAUCGGUUCGUCGCCUCAAGUGAGAACCGGAGCGCCACUUGUGUCACGAAAUUGACAUUAAAGAUCAGUGGCGAGAGACAGAGGCACGAGGGAGCGGGACAGUCGCCAGUUAGUCUCUCCGCAGCGUGGUGGCGCGCCGUCGAUCCACCAAUUCCACGGCUUGGCCCUGGUCGUCUUCCAUUCGCUUCUGUUUCUGGGUGCGCUAAUUCCUGUGUUUCCCAGCACUCGUGUUAG